GUGCGCUAUUGGCGUGCACGUGCUGACCUGCACUUGGUUUGCUGCCGGAAGCUCCCCGAACGGAUGGGCAGUGGAUGCCGGCCUCCUCGAGCAGCCUUUUCCGGAGCAGUACCGGAUGACAUUGGAGUUUGCGCUGUCCCGGAUACCUCCAUCGAAGACCACGGACAACAUUAUGCUGAAUACACAGGCAGAACGAGGAAUAGCUUUGACGGCAACGGCUGCAGCAUUAUU